GGUGAACUGGCGCCUCUCCUGACUCUUCACCUGGACUCUGAGUCGUCUUGGUCCCAGGAGCCAGUAGUGAAGGCAACAGUCUGCCCACCUGUGGACACCAGAUCCUGGGAGCUCCUGGUUGGCAAGUGAGAUCUCUGGGAUGUCAGUGAGGCUGGUUGAAGACCAGAGGUAAACUGCAGAGGUCACCACCCCCACCAUGUCCCAGGUGAUGUCCAGCCCACUGCUGGCAGGAGGCCAUGCUGUCAGCUUGGCGCCUUGUGAUGAGCCCAGGAGGACCCUGCACCCAGCACCCAGCCCCAGCCUGCCACCCCAGUGUUCUUACUACACCACGGAAGGCUGGGGAGCCCAGGCCCUGAUGGCCCCCUUGCCCUGCAUGGGGCCCCCUGGCCGACUCCAGCAAGCCCCACAGGCGGAGGCCAAAGCCACCUGCUUCCUGCCGUCCCCUGGUGAGAAGGCCUUGGGGACCCCAGAGGACCUUGACUCCUACAUUGACUUCUCACUGGAGAGCCUCAAUCAGAUGAUCCUGGAACUGGACCCCACCUUCCAGCUGCUUCCCCCAGGGACUGGGGGCUCCCAGGCUGAGCUGGCCCAGAGCACCAUGUCAAUGAGAAAGAAGGAGGAACCUGAAGCCUUGGACAUAAAGUACAUCGAGGUGACCUCCGCCAGAUCAAGGUGCCACGAUGGCCCCCAGCACUGCUCCAGCCCCUCUGUCACCCCGCCCUUCGGCUCCCCUCGCAGUGGUGGCCUCCUCCUUUCCAGAGACGUCCCCCGAGAGACACGAAGCAGCAGUGAGAGCCUCAUCUUCUCUGGGAACCAGGGCAGGGGGCACCAGCGCCCUCUGCCCCCCUCAGAGGGUCUCUCCCCUCGACCCCCAAAUUCCCCCAGCAUCUCAAUCCCUUGCAUGGGGAGCAAGGCCUCGAGCCCCCAUGGCUUGGGCUCCCCGCUGGUGGCUUCUCCAAGACUGGAGAAGCGGCUGGGAGGCCUGGCCCCACAGCGGGGCAGCAGGAUCUCUGUGCUGUCAGCCAGCCCAGUGUCUGAUGUCAGCUAUAUGUUUGGAAGCAGCCAGUCCCUCCUGCACUCCAGCAACUCCAGCCAUCAGUCAUUUUCCAGAUCCUUGGAAAGUCCAGCCAACUCUUCCUCCAGCCUCCACAGCCUUGGCUCAGUGUCCCUGUGUACAAGACCCAGUGACUUCCAGGCUCCCAGAAACCCCACCCUAACCAUGGGCCAACCCAGAACACCCCACUCUCCACCACUGGCCAAAGAACAUGCCAGCAGCUGCCCCCCAUCCAUCACCAACUCCAUGGUGGACAUACCCAUUGUGCUGAUCAACGGCUGCCCAGAACCAGGGUCUUCUCCACCCCAGCGGACCCCAGGACACCAGAACUCCGUUCAACCUGGAGCUGCUUCUCCCAGCAACCCCUGUCCAGCCACCAGGAGCCACAGCCAGACCCUGUCAGAUGCCCCCUUUACCACAUGCCCAGAGGGUCCCGCCAGGGACAUGCAGCCCACCAUGAAGUUCGUGAUGGACACAUCUAAAUACUGGUUUAAGCCAAACAUCACCCGAGAGCAAGCAAUCGAGCUGCUGAGGAAGGAGGAGCCAGGGGCUUUUGUCAUAAGGGACAGCUCUUCAUACCGAGGCUCCUUCAGCCUGGCCCUGAAGGUGCAGGAGGUUCCCGCGUCUGCUCAGAAUCGACCAGGUGAGGACAGCAAUGACCUCAUCCGACACUUCCUCAUCGAGUCGUCUGCCAAAGGAGUGCAUCUCAAAGGAGCAGAUGAGGAGCCCUACUUUGGGAGCCUCUCUGCCUUCGUGUGCCAGCAUUCCAUCAUGGCCCUGGCCCUGCCCUGCAAACUCACCAUCCCACAGAGAGAACCGGGAGGUGCAGAUGGGGCCUCGGACUCUACAGACAGCCCAGCCUCCUGCCAGAAGAAAUCUGCGGGCUGCCACACCCUGUACCUGAGCUCAGUGAGCGUGGAGACCCUGACUGGAGCCCUGGCCGUGCAGAAAGCCAUCUCCACCACCUUUGAGAGGGACAUCCUCCCCACGCCCACCGUGGUCCACUUCAAAGUCACAGAGCAGGGCAUCACCCUGACUGAUGUCCAGAGGAAGGUGUUUUUCCGGCGCCAUUACCCACUCACCACCCUCCGCUUCUGUGGUAUGGACCCUGAGCAACGGAAGUGGCAGAAGUACUGCAAACCCUCCUGGAUCUUUGGGUUUGUGGCCAAGAGCCAGACAGAGCCUCAGGAGAACGUAUGCCACCUCUUUGCGGAGUAUGACAUGGUCCAGCCAGCCUCGCAGGUCAUCGGCCUGGUGACUGCUCUGCUGCAGGACGCAGAAAGGAUGUAGGGGACAGACUGCCUGUGCACCUAACCAACACCUCCAGGGGCUCGCUAAGGAGCCCCCCUCCACCCCCUGAAUGGGUGUGGCUUGUGACAAUAUUGACAGACCAAUCUAUGGGACGAGGGGGAUUGGCAUCAAGUUGACACCCUUGAACCUGCUAUGGCCUUCAGCAGUCACCAUCAUCCAGACCCCCCGGGCCUCAGUUUCCUCAACCAUAGAAGGAGACCAAUAGACAAGAUCAGCUGUUCUUAGAUGCUGGUGGGCAUUUGAACGUGCUCCUCCAUGAUUCUGAAGCAUGCACACCUCUGAAGACCCCUGCAUGAAAAUAACCUCCAAGGACCCUCUGACCCCAUCGACCUGGGCCCUGCCGACACAACAGUCUGAGCGAGAGACCUGCAGCCCCUGUUUCAUGGCAGACAGCAGGUGCCUGGCGGUGACCCACGGGGCUCCUGGCUUGCAGCUGGUGAUGGUCAAGAACUGACUACAAAAUGGGAAUGGAUAGACUCUAUUUCCUUCCAUAUCUGUUCCUCUGUUCCUUUUCCCACUUUCUGGGUGGCUUUUUGGGUCCACCCAGCCAGGAUGCUGCAGGCCAAGCUGGGUGUGGUAUUUAGGGCAGCUCAGCAGGGGGAACUUGUCCCCAUGGUCAGAGGAGACCCAGCUGUCCUGCACCCCCUUGCAGAUGAGUAUCACCCCAUCUUUUCUUUCCACUUGUUUUUUAUUUUUUAUUUUUUUGAGACAGAGUCUCACUGUCACCCAGGCUGAACUGCAGUGGUGUGAUCUAGGCUCACUGCAACUUCCACCUCCCAGGUUCAAGCAAUUAUCCUGCCUCAGGCUCCCGAGUAGCUGGGAUUACAGGCAUGUGCAACUCACCCAGCUAAUUUUGUAUUUUUAGUAGAGACAGGGUUUCACCAUGUUGGCCAGGCUGGUCUUGAACUCCUGACCUCAGGUAAUCCACCUGCUUCGGCCUCCCAAAGUGCUGGGAUUACAGGCGCGAGCCACCUGGCCCAGCUUCUUUCCAUUCCUUGAUAGGCGAGUAUUCCAAAGCUGGUAUCGUAGCUGCCCUAAUGUUGCAUAUUAGGCGGUGGGGGCAGAGAUAAGGGCCAUCCCUCUGUGAUUCUGCCUCAGCUCCUGUCUUGCUGAGCCCUCCCCCAACCCACGCUCCAACACACACACACACACACACACACACCCCUCUACUGCUAUGUGGCUUCAACCAGCCUCACAGCCACACGGGGGCAGCAGAGAGUCAAGAAUGCAAAGAGGCCGCUUCCCUAAGAGGCUUGGAGGAGCUGGGCUCUAUCCCACACCCACCCCCACCCCACCCCCACCCAGCCUCCAGAAGCUGGAACCAUUUCUCCCGCAGGCCUGAGUUCCUAAGGAAACCACCCUACCGGGGUGGAAGGGAGGGUCAGGGAAGAAACCCACUCUUGCUCUACGAGGAGCAAGUGCCUGCCCCCUCCCAGCAGCCAGCCCUGCCAAAGUUGCAUUAUCUUUGGCCAAGGCUGGGCCUGACGGUUAUGAUUUCAGCCCUGGGCCUGCGGGACAGGCUGAGACCAGCCCACCCAGCCAGUGGUCGAGCACUGCCCCGCCGCCAAAGUCUGCAGAAUGUGAGAUGAGGUUCUCAAGGUCACAGGCCCCAGUCCCAGCCUGGGGGCUGGCAGAGGCCCCGCAUUCUCUGCUACAGCUCCUAUCAUGAAAAAUAAAAUGUUUGUCUUUGCAAAACAGUAA